UCAAUUUGACCCGCUUAUAAACCGCCAUUAUUAAUUCUCUCAAGACCUCCAAACCUCGUCAUUGCAGCCUAUGCACGCGUCUCUGCCCUGAUAGCGCCAGCCCGGCGUUGAUUCUACCAGCUCGGCGUCUUGGGCCAGUCGAUGCACUUCCUGGUUCCCGGCAACCCGAUCGCCACCCGGGCACCCGCGACUCGGGCUCACCUCGUUUAUCACCGCGCCCGAUUCACCGUGCUAUAGAGAGAGAAAUAGCUUCUUCGACGUAGACAUGGUUACCUCAGAGACCACCCCCAUUCGGCGCCAGUCAACCCAACACUACCAGACCUUCUCGACCCCACCGCCCAAGUCGCGUGGUCGCCCGCUGUCAAAUGCCUCCGAUGGUUCCCACCCUGACGACUCAUUGCAUACCAACGGCAAUGGAGAGAACAUCCCAGAUCCGGCGCCAUUGCCCAAGAAGCAAAUGGCCGUCUUGGCCAUGAUUGCGUUGGCAGAGCAGACUGCUCUCAACUCCAUCAGCCCGUACCUGCCGAACAUGACCGCGACAUUUCCUGAAGUACAUGGAAACGACGUUGGUGUAUACGUGGGAAUCAUUGCUUCGGCCUUUGCAUUGGCCCAAUUCGCGACAAAUUAUUUCUGGGGGUGGUUAUCAGACCGCAUUGGGAGGAAGCCUGUUAUUAUUACUGGCACGAUUUGCACCGCGCUCACAUUCGUGCUGUUUGGUUUCUGUACCACCCUGUGGCAGGCCAUUGUCGUCCAGGCUCUGAUGGGCAUGCUCAACGGUAAUGCGGGCCUGGUGUCGACCUGUCUGGGCGAGAUCACCGACCGCAGCAACCAGUCGCGAGCAUUCACCUAUCUGCCCGUGCUUUAUGGGCUCGGUGGUAUUACCGGUCCACUUCUGGGAGGCUCCCUGAUUUUUCAUACCAACCCAUUCGACAAGGGUCAGCCGAACCCGUACCCGUACCUGGUACCAAAUCUCGUGUCAGCUGUAAUUUUGGCAAUUGAUUUGAUCUUGACAGCCAUUUUUCUUGACGAAAGUCUCGAGGAUGCCGACGCCCUGCCGACUUUUGCGCAGCGCAUCAGAGAGUUUUUCAGCUCCUUCUGGCAGUUUACCACGUCUCAUAGACCAACCUAUCUACGAGCUGGUUACAGUGGUCCAUUCCGUUAUCACUCGAUGCCUACUCGCGGACGUUCCUGGAGCAAUUCUACUCGAGACAGUGAUCUCGAUUCAGUGUCAUCAUCGUUAACUCCCACAGAGAAUGAGGCUGAGUUGACGCGGGGCGAAAUUUUAAAUCGCGACACGGUGCUCUUAUUAAUCACGUACUUGAUAUUCGCGUUUGCCAAUGUCGCGUUUAAUUCUCUAUAUCCUAUAUUUGCCGAAUCACCAGUGCCAAACGGUCGCGAUCUCACGCCACAGGAACUGGGACUGUCUUUAGGCUUCUCGGGUGUGGUUACGAUUGUCUUCCAGAUUUGUAUCUUCGGCCGGUUACGAGAAAAGAUGGGAAAUAAAUGGUCCUACCGCGCGGGCCUAUUAGGCUUUGUCAUAUCGUUCCUGUUGAUGCCGUUGAUCGGGUAUAAGGGGAACGACGAGCACCAACUGUCGAAGAAGACGGUCUGGCUAGCUGUUGAAUUGUGUUUUGUCCUGCUCAUUAAGACGAUUUCUGCCGUGGGUGGAUUGACAAGUGCGCUUUUACUGGUUACGAAUUCAGCCCCAAACAACUCUGUGCUUGGCGCACUCAACGGCCUGGCCCAAACGCUGUCUGCUGCCGGACGAGCCGUAGGCCCAUUCCUCUCCGGCGGAUUAUACUCACUAGCGAUUCAUGUGAGGAAAGGCGAGAUUCUCACAUUUGGCGUCUUUGCAGCCGUGACUUUCAUCGGAUUCGUUCUGAGUUUUGGUAUCAGGUCUCCGAAUCUUGAAGCCGAAGGCUGGAAUGGCGCCUCCGAUGAUCAGGAUAAAUCGGACGAUGAGAGUGAGGCUGGAGCGUGAACUAAUUUCCUUUUCACAACUUUCUCUUUCUUCACGAGACACGACAUAAUGAACCCCAAUUUUGCGGGGGGAAAGCGAUGGAUUCCUAUAACAAUCGAUAUUUUAGAUGUUCGAAUAGUUCACUGAGAGAUGUACGCAUACAACACACACACAUAUAUAUACAUUUCUUUAUUUAGUCUAGUUUGAUGACCAUACCCAACUUUAAGCUAUGAGGGUCUUGUUCUAGUGGCCCCUAAUUCCCCGCACCGAGCUGGCGCCAAACCGCGCAAAUGAGCUAAUACACACGUCCGCCAGUGGUCUGCAUUUUUAGCCUUUUCCACAGGGCCUUGAUUUCUAAUGGACACUAUUGUAUUAUUCAUUGUCAUUAUACUACGG